AAGCCUCCGCCGCGCCGCCACCGCCACAACGAAGUGCUCAACCACACGUGGGCACGCACCAUCCCCGCGGCUGCUAGACGCCGCUACGAGGGCUUGUUCGCAUCUAACUCCCCGGGGUACAAGUAUAUCGAGAACUAUGUCGUCCGUGAACUGUGGCAGCGAAGUCGCCUCGAGAACCGUGUGCUCGCCGAGGUGUGGCAGCUUGUGGAUCGAGGCGCGAAGGGACGGCUCAGCAGGGAGGAGUGGGUGGUCGGCCUGUGGAUCAUCGAUACCGCGCUCAGGGGCGGGAAGGUCCCCGUUAGGGUCGAGGAGGGCGUGUGGAAGAGU